AUGUACGUGGAGCCUCCGCCCCAGCGUUCGGAUCCGGGUGCAGGAUCCGGAGAUUUGCGGGUCUACCAAGCAUGGAAGGGGAGCAAUAAAUUUUUUCUUCAGGGCAGGUUCAUAUUUGGACCAGAUGCAAGAUCAUUGGCCCUGACGAUUUUUCUUAUUGCUGCUCCUGUUGCAGUUUUCUGUGUCUAUGUUGCCAGAAAACUAAUAAAUGAUUUUUCUGAUCACUUGGGGAUGACCAUAAUGGCGAUUGCAGUUAUAUUCACAAUUUAUGUGUUAGUUCUUCUCUUAUUAACAUCUGGCCGAGACCCUGGCAUAAUUCCACGCAAUGCACAUCCUCCAGAGCCUGAAGGUUUUGAAGGUAGUUUAGAUGUUGGGGCUGGUCAAACUCCUCAGUUGCGAUUGCCCCGCAUUAAGGAAGUUGAGGUCAACGGAAUUACUGUUAAGGUCAAGUACUGUGAUACUUGCAUGCUCUACAGACCUCCUCGAUGUUCUCACUGCUCAAUCUGUAAUAACUGUGUGGAACGGUUUGAUCACCACUGUCCAUGGGUUGGGCAGUGCAUUGGGCUGCGUAAUUAUCGCUUCUUCUUCAUGUUUGUCUUCUCAACUACACUACUUUGUAUAUAUGUUUUCGCAUUUUGUUGGGUCUAUAUUAGAAGAAUUAUGGCAUCAGAGGAGACAACUAUUUGGAAGGCAAUGAUCAAAACCCCAGCCUCCAUAGUGUUAAUAAUAUACACCUUCAUAUCAAUGUGGUUUGUUGGUGGCCUGACUGCCUUUCAUUUAUAUCUUAUAAGUACAAAUCAGACCACAUAUGAGAACUUCAGAUACCGAUAUGAUCGACGGGCCAACCCGUAUAACAAGGGAGUAAUCAAUAAUUUCUUAGAGAUAUUCUUCACCAGCAUUCCCCAAUCAAAGAACAAUUUCAGGGCAAAGGUGCCAUUGGAACCAGUAUUACCUGCUAGAUCAGUGGGUGGAGGCUUUAUGAGCCCGAGUAUGGGAAAAGCUGUGGAUGACAUAGAGAUGGGCAGGAAAACCGUCUGGGCUGACAUGGGUACAGCUCUUGAUCCUUCUGAAGGUCAAUUAAACGACCGCUUGGCUAUAAAGGAUGGUGAAUUCGGUGAGGUGUCCCCAGAAAUCAGGACAACAGUAGAUGAAUCAAGUGAUCGUGCUGGAAUACAUCCCAGGAGAUCCAGCUGGGGAAGAAAAAGUGGCAGCUGGGAAAUGUCCCCAGAAGUUCUUGCUUUGGCAGCCAGGGUUGGGGAAUCAAAUAGAAUGGGUGGAGGAGGUAGCAGCAGUUUGACCAGUGAGAACAGGCACACAUAG